AAAAUACAUGCAAUCGACGAUUAAAUUUUGCUAAAACGGAAAAACAGAGAACAAAAGGAAAGGUGAAGUGUGUCAAAAAUCUCUCUCUGUGUUUGGAUCAAAGACAGAGUGAGUAGAAAGAAUGGAAUUUCUAGGGAUUGAUUUUAGCUGCGCUCUGGGAUCUCUCCGCAACGGUCAAAUCCCACACAAAGACUGCUUGCUGCCUCUCAUUUCCAAGCUUCUCGGCUAUUGCAUCGUCGCCGCUUCCACCACCGUCAAACUCCCCCAGAUAUUAAAAAUUUUAAAAAAUAGAAGCGUCAGGGGCCUUAGUGUUGUGGCCUUUGAGCUUGAAGUAGUCGGCUACACCAUUUCUCUGGCAUAUUGUCUACACAAAGGGCUUCCCUUUUCAGCUUAUGGGGAAUUGGCAUUUCUUCUGAUCCAAGCUAUAAUUUUAGUUGCCACAAUCUACUAUUUUUCUCAACCAGUGGGUACCACAACAUGGAUCAGGGCAUUGCUAUAUUGUGCUUUAGCACCAACUAUCCUAGCUGGUCAAAUCAAUCCUGUUCUCUUUGAAGCCCUAUAUGCAUCUCAGCAUGCUAUUUUUCUCUUCGCCAGGAUCCCACAAAUAUGGAAGAACUUUUCUAACAAAAGUACAGGGGAACUCAGCUUCUUAACAUGUCUCAUGAAUUUUGCUGGUUCCAUGGUGAGAGUUUUCACCAGCAUCCAGGAAAAAGCACCAAGCAGUGUUCUUUUGGGCUAUGCACUUGGUAUGUCAACCAAUGGGACCAUCCUGAGUCAGAUAAUUAUGUAUCGGAAGCCUCACGCCAAGGAAGAGAAGAAAACGAAGUAGAAGACCUGUCAUGAGUAGCUUUCCUACAAUACAAGAGCCCCAACAGGUGCUGAAAGUGGGCAACUUUACAAGUUAGUAUGUGCUAAGGUGUUUUAUCUUUCUUGUUGAGCGUAGUUACAGUAUUUAUCAAUUGAAAAUUAUCAAGUGAUGUUCCAAGUGGGACAGCUUACAGUAUUUAUCAAGUGAAAAUUAUUCAAAAGCUUAUGCUGGACUCAUCAGAAUUUCUAUUUUUGGAAAGUUUACUUUU